AUGGAGGACGCGCCUACAUCUGCUCAGGUUGGCGAAGCGCAGGUCGAGGAUGAGAUUGAGGAGGACCAGGAGGAAGAAGUCGAGCCGCAAAGAGUUCGCAUCCUUCCCGGCUCGACAGACACUGCCGCCUCAUUCGAGUUCAUCGACGAAGGUCAUACUCUGGGCAAUGCAUUGCGCUAUGUGAUUAUGAAGAACCCUGACGUCGAGUUCUGCGCAUACUCUAUCCCGCACCCUUCAGAACCUAAGAUGAACAUUCGCAUCCAGACUUACGAUUGCUAUGCGGUCGACGCACUGAAGAAGGGGCUUGCUGACUUACAAGAUGUGUGUGAUGUCGUAGCGGAGAAGUUCUGGACAAAACGGGAAGAGUACAAUGCUGAGCAUGGGAUCGCCCGGUAG